AAAAGAGAGAGGUGUGUGGGAAGAGGCACACGCUCCACUUUUCUCCAUCUAAAGAGUCUCUCUCUCUCUUUGCUUACACACUACUCGAAUCAAAUCAUCCUUUCUCUUUUCGUUCCCCGUAUAAAAAUGGAUUCAGUCGAUUUCGACAGCGUCAAAGCAGAGAAAGCCAAGGCGUUGCGGCGUUACAACAGUUUCCUAAGAGUUGGACGUUUCUUCCGCGCGGCUGAGGUUUGCGUCGCCAUCCUCUUCCUCUUCUGGACGUUUUCCCGCCUUCCUUUCGCCGUCCAAAUCUCCCGAGAGUUUCUCCUCCGUAUCGCCGGCGUCGUGUCGAGUCCUCUCUUCGUCUUCCUCCUAGGGAACUGCAUCGUCGUCCUUCUCCUCACCAAAUCCUCCGUAGAGGAUAACAACGGAGGUUCUUCCGCCCCAAACGCGGAAACAGAUGAUAUAUACGAGACCCUGGUCAGAUCUGUUGAGAAUCGAUACAAAGAAAAAGAAGAAGAAGAUUUGUUGGAAGAAGAGGAGAUCGUUUACGACGACAAAGAGGUGAUCGUCAUUGAUUUGAUGAGUUCUGAUAUUCCUCACGAAGAAAUCGAUCAGAGUCAGACCAAGGUGUAUGGAAGAAGCAAAUCCGACGUAAAGCAGACUAGUGCAGAUGAUGAUCAUAUGGUGGUGAUCCCUAAACCUUCUUCUCUCCAGAGAUCAAAGACGGAAAAGUGCAUGAGAAUCAUCGACGAUAAUAAUAAUAAUAAGAAUAGUUAUGCAGAGGAUAACCUUAGCAACGAAGAGUUUCAGAAAACGAUCGAAGCUUUCAUUGCCAAACAGCUGAUAUUUCGUCGCCAAGAAUCUUUAUCCGUCGUUGUCCACAACAAAGCCUAACCAAUAUUAUAAAAAAAAUGGCAUCAGGUUCUCUCCCCGCCAAAGUUAAAAAUCAACCACAUGGAAUCUUAUUUCAAUAUUCCAGUUAGUGUGUACAAAUCUCAUCCCUGCUCUCUCUCUCUCUCUCUCUAUAUAUAUAUAUAUAUAUAUGUACAGUUGUUGUUAGUUGCUUAUCAUAUAUGGAACCAUGGAGAUAUAUAAUUAUAUAUCUUGUACGUUGUUUGCUAUAGCUACUGAGUGUCACUUCGUUUCCUCAGUUUGAUGAUACAAAACUUGAAAGUAGACUUGUUGUCUCGUGACUAUGAUAACUAUCUCUUUUUCAAUUUUUGUUUAUAAAAAACUUUGAGUGUC